AAGCGGUUGGAGCGCCAGGUCAAGAGCAAGGCAUUCUUCAAGUAAUUCAUCUCAUACAGAAGGUUGAUAGUUUUUUCGGUAAGUCAUCUCAUCCAGUAGCUUGGUGCAUUACUUCGUAAUGAAAAUAAAUCACAUCGCCUUUACCCAAUGAUUUUUGUCCAGAACAAAUCAUAUUAUUUCUUUUCUACGAGUACUAUAUAUGUUGAUUAUUCAGAGGUCUCAUCUUCAUGAGACUUGCAAGGCCGUCGUCAGCAUCACGGCCCGCAGGUGACGGAGGAGCAGGUGCGGCGCAACCUCGCCAUGAACAAGAUUGACUCGGACCACCCGCGUCACCUGCAGCCGGUGGGCGAGCCCGCCGGGCAGCCCGUCACCAUCACGUCGGACGCGUACGAGGCCGUCCGCGAUGCGCACGCCGUCUGCAUCCUGACCGAGUGGGAGGAGUUCAGGAGCCUCGACUGCAGGCGCAUGUACAACGUGAUGCAGAAGCUGGCUUUCGUCUUCGCCGUCGCAACAUCGUCGACCCGUAGAAGCUCUGGGACAUUGGAUUCAUCGUCUAUGCAAUUGGCAAGCCGCUUGACCAGUGCCCAGUGGCUCAAGGACAUGCCAGCCAUCGCCCUAGGCGAUGCACACUAAUAGCAGCGUGUCGACGAGGGUUCUUCUUACUAAUUAAUA